UCAGGUAGAGUAGUUCGCGUUGCACUGGUCCCUGUAGAUAGCUAGAUAGAUCAGAAUUUCAUUCAUUUUCUUAUUGUUUCCAAAUAUAGUUGUCUUCUUGGCCAUCAAAAUCUGGUUGCAACACCAUGCCCUCCCUGAAAGCGUCUCUUAAAGCUGGACUCGCCUUCAUAGACUACCUUGGAGAGAGAAAAUCGAAAACCGACAAAAACGAACUUCGUGACAUCUAUAACUCCGAAUUUAGAAGGAACAGGGACGGAACCAAAGAUCCGAAUUUUUCUAACGUGCUGUAUGCAUUGGUGAGAUUCAAUAAGGCUAACACGCAGCGGGGGAAGGUAUACUUAAAUGCAAAGGUUCGAGUGUUCUAUGGAGACCAGUGGAGGAGGCCCCGUCGACAACAGAACGCCACUGCCCCACCUGUGGCAAAUGGAGGAGCUACAGUGUCCCCUGCCAGUGCAAUCCCAGCCCCUUCCUCUGCCCCUGCCCCAGCACCUGGAGUCCAGCCAGGAUCACAGGCCAAGAAGAGGCUGGCCAACAAGAUCCUUCAGAGCUUGAAGGUGAACAGGGCAGACUUUAUCUCGGACAAGGAGGGCAUCGUGAUCACCUCGGACCAUGAGAUGUUGGACGGCAAGAUCCGCUUCACCGUGGAGCGCCUGGAGGAGGCCUAUGUGGUGAAGCUGCACAUUCAGAACACGGGGCCCAACGCCCUGCACUUCACCUACUACACCGCCCUGCACCGCAUCCGCUGCUUCACGCUGGUGGACGAGAAGAGGGUGACGCGCGCCUGUCCUCUCCUUCUCAGCCCGGGUGACCGCUAUGAAAUUGAGGUUCAGUUCAGGUCUCAUCACAUCGGGUGUUUCCCAGCCACCAUGGCUUUUGAGUUCAAGCCGGACCCGCUAGCCAAAGCAAAGCCUUUCUACAUUGUGCGCUUCCUGGAGGCGGUGGCAAGGACAAAGCUGGCUGUGGACCUGGGACCAAUCGCACCGUACAAGCCCUACCAGGCCUCAACACGCAAGCCAGUGGAUACCAUGGUAGAGGAGGGGGAGCCUCCUGAGAGUUUUGUUGUGCAGCUUUUGAAAAUGGUGGUGAACUUAAAGGACUACAAAUACCCCUUUUACCUGAAGGAGCUUGCAAAGGAAAGGCUGGAGAAUUCUGAGUAUUUAUCACCUGCAGCACGAGAACAGCUCCCUUCAGUGAAGUCUCUGCUGGAGUCUCCCCUGACCUUCCAGAACUACGCCAGACGCUUCCAGCUGCUGCUGCACCUAGAGGAGAUCCAGAUGGAAGUGGACAUCAGGAAGUAUGACAUGCACAACCAAACAAUGUCCAAGGACCGGAACAACAAGAAGCUCCUCGUUCUGCAGGUCCCGGGCGUGGCAGAGAACAGACCCUCGGUCCUGAGAGGGGACUACUUAAAGGUGUGCAAGGCUGAGGACAAGAGCCAGCCCAUCAUGGUCUACAAGGGCUAUGUUCACAGAGUGGAGCUGGAGAGAGUUAAACUGGGAUUCUCCAAGAAGCUGCUGCAGAACUUCAUCAGCAACAUGAAGUUUGACGUGGAGUUCACCAUCAACCGCUUUCCCCUGAAGCUGCAGCACCGGGCAGUGGAGCUGGCUGUCAAACACCACCUGGAGGAGGUGCUGUUCCCCACAGGCGCUGCCUCCAGGGACAUGCCCCUCCCUGCCCCCAAGCUCCAGCUGAGCCUGUUCGACAGGAAGCUGGAGAAGAACCCGGAGCAGCGCACUGCAGUCCAGCGCAUUGUGUCUGGAGUGUCCAAGCCCGCUCCGUACCUAGUGUUUGGGCCUCCCGGCACCGGAAAAACUGUCACCUUGGUUGAAGCCAUCAAACAGGUCCACAAAACCCAGCCCUCUGCCCACAUCCUGGCCUGUGCCCCCUCCAACAGCGCCUCCGACCUGCUGUGUGAGCGCGUGCAGGAACACGUAGGCACCCAUCAACUGUACCGCCUCUAUGCCAGCAGCCGGGAUCCUGGGACGGUGCCCAGCAGCCUGCAGAAGUGCUGCAACUGGGAUGAGAGCCAGGACAGCUUUGUGUUCCCCUCCAAGAAGACUCUAAUGGACUACAAGAUCAUUGUUGCCACUGUAGUCACAGCUGGAAGGCUAGUGUCUGGAGGCCUCCCUACCGGCCACUUCACCCACAUCUUCGUGGACGAGGCGGGGCAUGCUGUGGAGCCGGAAUGCAUCAUCGGGAUGGCGGGACUGCUCAAGGCGGAGACGGGGCAGCUGGUGCUGGCAGGAGACCCCAAACAGCUGGGACCCAUACUGCGCUCGCCGCUGGCCAUGCAGUUCGGACUGGGACUUUCUCUGCUGGAGAGGCUGAUGCGGGACAAUCCUAUCUACCAAAAGGAUGGGAAAGGCGGCUGCUUCAACGACCGCUUCGUCACCAAGCUGCUUCGCAACUACAGGUCCCACCCAGCCAUCCUUAAGAUCCCCAAUGAGCUCUUCUAUGAUGGAGAGCUGCAGGUGUUUGCUGACAAGAACUUGCGAAACUCCUACUGCAACUGGGAACACCUGCCCAAGAAGGGCUUCCCGGUGAUUUUCCAUGGAGUGAUGGGAAAGGACGAGCGCGAGGCGAACAGCCCCUCCUUCUUUAACGUGACGGAGAUCCAGAUCCUCAUCGACUACCUCAAGAAGCUGCUGCAGACUCAGGGCAAGAAGGGCCUGGCCGUCUUGUCCCCGAAGGACAUCGGCAUUAUCGCCCCCUACAGGAAGCAGGUGGAGAAAAUCCAGAAAGCUAUCAAAAGCGUUAAAGAGCUGAACCAGCUGAAGGACAUUGCGGAGCUGAAGGUGGGCUCAGUGGAGGAGUUCCAGGGGCAGGAGCGCAUGGUGGUCAUGGUGUCGGCAGUGCGCAGCAGCAUCAACUACGUCCGGAUGGACCGGGACUUCAGCAUCGGCUUCCUCACCAACGAGAAGCGGUUCAAUGUGGCGGUAACCAGAGCCAAGGCCCUCCUGAUUGUGGUGGGAAACCCUGUCAUUCUCAACAAGGACCCCACCUGGGAACGAUUCAUCCGCUACUGCACAGAGGAGAAAGGGUACACUGGAUUCGACUACGCCGACGCAGAGGGAGAGGAAGACGUGGUGAUGCGCCUGGCUGCCCUCAGCAUCCAAGUAGAGCCUGAAGCGGAGUCUGAGGAGAGCAGUCUCCAGCAGUACCUGCAUCCACAGUGGAGGAACGAACAGUGACCCAGCACGACCCCAUGCUCACUGAUCAGAGCAAGACGGAACCACAGGGACAGUCCAACAGCUGAUCAGUUAAUCGAUCCAUCCACUACUCAGUUGUCCUUACACAACAUUUGAAUAGUAGGUCGGUCAUCCCCCCUCAGCUGCAUUAUGGACAAACAUGUACAUGAAACAAGUUGCUAUUAAAAUAAUUCUAUUAAUGGCAAAUACAGCAAUACAGACCUUUUACUAGUAGUCCCAAAUAUUAAAAAUAACAGAUAACUUCAUUUUUAACCCCACUGCACAGCUAGACACUACAUAGCAGCAAACACUAGUCAAAGUGCCUUUACCUGCAAUACAGUAUAGUGAUGCAAAAUGACCUGCAGCAGAGCAAUUCUGCAUCUCACUUUGAGUCUCAAAGUUUAUUUUUAAACAGGUGAGUUGUGCUACAUCUUUGUAAGUGUCAGAAUUUCUCCACAAGCAGUGCCUUACUUAUUUAACUAUGUAUUUCAAUCAGUUUAAUGACAAUCAUAUUUUUAAGGCUCCCUUAUUCACUUCCUGGUUUGCAGAGUAGUAAAUGCACCUUACCCCAUGAAAAGCAUGAAAAAGAAAUGAAAAUAUAGGUUAUACUGCAAAGGAGAAAUUUUAAAGCCCUUUUCUUAUCUGCCUUAAAAGGAUCUCAAUGCAUUUUGGUGGGUUCCCAUCACAUUUAUGACAUUUGAAGUAAUGUUAAAAUUAUUAUAAACUUUGCUGCUAGGUUUUCCCUAUACUUUUUGAUUUUAUUUGACGGCAAGAUUAUUUUAUAAAGUAUUUCAUUGAUGUAUGA